AUGGCCAAGAUUAGUCAAGACGUUUCUUCUUCUCGUUCCAAAGCCAGAAAGGCUUACUUCAACGCUUCCUCUGUUGAAAGAAGAGUUUUAUUAUCUGCUCCUUUAUCCAAAGAAUUAAGAGAACAAUACAAUGUCAAGUCUUUACCAAUCAGACAAAAUGAUGAAGUUUUAGUUGUCAGAGGUUCUAAGAAGGGUUCUGAAGGUAAGGUUAACUCUGUCUACAGAUUAAAAUUUGCUAUUCAAGUUGAAAAAUUACAAAGAGAAAAAUCUAACGGUGCUUCUGUUCCAAUUAACAUUCACCCAUCUAAGGUUGUCAUCACCAAAUUACACUUGGACAAGGAUAGAAAGGCUUUGAUUGCAAGAAAGGGUGAAACAUUUCACAUUGAAGAUAAUAUGCUCAAUACAAGAUCGAUUCAAUUGGCCAUAGCUAUUGCCAAAGAACGAAUUGCAUUAUCGAAUUUAAAAGUACUAACAAACGAAUCAGGGAUGAAAAAGUUCUUUUCAAUGAUGGGAAAUAUUCAUAACAGAAGACACUAA